AUGAAAGUUUUAAUUUUUUUCGUUAUUUUUUUGGUUGCACAUAUUAGAUCACAAUAUGUAAAUGUUUCCUUAUCAGGUUCAAGUGUUAUAAUUCAAACUGGUGUCUGUCAAACCAAUUUAAACCAUUAUCCAACCAUCUACGAAUGCCAAGGAGCCACUAUUUCUGCUGACAUAUAUCAACUAUCGAUAAUAGAAGGUUGUAUUGGUGAACCAAUAGAAACUAAUAUUUAUGGCAAUGGAGGUCUUUACGAUGGAGUCUAUUAUCAAUGCCAGUCUGAUAUCAACUAUCCAGAUGGCGAUUAUGCUGUGAUUUCAGUUUUCGAUGAGAAAUGUGAAAAUGUUACCGCACAAGUUAUUAAUCCAUCGGGUGUCUGCUACUAUGGCUUUAUAGUUAAUUCUACUUAUAUUAAUGAACCAGAAUACUAUGCCGCUACAAAAUGCCUUAGCUCAACAGAAGCAUUUUUUACAAAGUUUAACGAUUUAAAAUGUCAAGAUCCAAUUUAUACCGAAUUACAAACUAUUGGACAACCAUGUACACAUGAUAAUCCAUAUGUUCAAUUAUGCUAUAUAAAAUAA